CACAGAAAUGUGUGUGGGUAUAUUAUAAUUUUUUUGUUUUGUUAAAGACCCGAGCGAAGCCGGAGCGGGCCGCUAGUUAUUAUUAUUUUUUUAUUGCUUAGAUGGAUGGACGAGCUCACAGCCCACCUGGUGUUAAGUGGUUACUGGAGCCCAUAGACAUCUACAACGUAAAUGCGCCACCCACCUCGAGAUAUAAGUUCUAAGAUCUCAGGUAUAGUUACAACGGCUACCGCACCCUUCGAACCGAAACGCAUUACUGCUUCACGGCGGAAAUAGGCGUAUCAAUAUCAAUAUCAAACGUAAAUCAUUUCAUUUCAUUUCAUAUCAUUUCAUAUCAUAAAAGCUGAAAUUAUGAAGAAACGUAAAUUUGUUUUGCGUUUUUCAAUACCUUAUUGUUUGUCGGUAGUAUUGAUUUUCGACCCGUCCUUCACAGUUCACCUAUUUAUUCAUAAUGUUCAUGUCUACUUAUUUUAUACGUACGUAUGUAUAACGGACCAGUUAUUCACUCUUCGAAGCGGUCAGUAGGUCAUUCGUUUCGAAUUGUAUAUAAAAUAUGUAUCAGAAAUAAUUAAAUAAGUUAUUGUAAGUCUUUGGAUUAGCUACAACACAACAUAAUAUAUUAUUAUUCUACUUUUUUACCCUCUGAAGCUCAGAAAAUUUUUACACUUUACGUACUGUUUGGCAAGUCGUAGACAAAAUAAAAAUUUGUUUUACGGUUAAAUUUCGAAUUUUUUAUUUUGAUUGACGACUCCGCUUCUACCACCUUACCACAAAAACUGUAAAGCAUUCAAAGCGUCAGAAAUAAACGAUAGUAAAAACACCAGCUAAAACAGUAAAAGUAGUAUUAAUUAUUGAAAUAGUAUGUAUUUUCUUCGGUUUUCGCGUAUCGUUGACAUAGUGAAAUUAUCGAAUAAAUUGAAAUUAAAUUAGGUAAUUUUAGACUACACAGUAAAAUAGUUUUAAUUAUAAUAUUAAGAUAAUUUAAACAAUCUAACAGAACAUUAUGAUGUAACAUUGAAGAAUACGUUUUGAAAUUUCGUCCGACAUUCCAAUAGUUUUACGAAUCCUUAUCAAUAUUAGAAAAUAAUAGGAGUUUUUGCGAAGGAAUACCUGUAGAUAAGUGAUUGAGUGAAGUCAACCCCCGACUUAUCGCUAACAGAAUUAGGUAUAAAUACUUUGAGUAAGAAAUGAGGAACCAUCAGUGCUUUGAAUUACUCGUCAAGGGGAAGUCCAGAUUCCAAAAUGUUUAAAUCUAUUAUAAUAUUAUCGGCACUGAUAGUUUUCGCAAUAGCAGCAGAACUGCCUAUAUCACAUAGAUCUUCAGAAAAACAAGUCUUUAAAACUGAUCAGCGAUCCAACGAAGGGUUUGAAAGUCAGGCUGUUUUCAAAGAUGAGCUUAAAGAUAUUAGUCAUCCAGUGUACAAAGCUGAUGAAAGGAUAGAAAAAAAUGAAGGUAGAGUAAGGAUUGAACCAGUGAGACCAACUGGACCCGUUAUUCAGCAAGAUAGAAUGUUAGCUGAUGAACCUAUGCCAUCUACUGAUAUUAAUAGAAAUGAUAAUAUUGGAAUGCCCAAUUAUGGUUUUGAACCGAUCCAGUCAGAAGUAACUUUCCCAGGUGUCCCUUAUGCACCCGGUUAUAAUUAUGACACAGGCUAUUUAUCUUCUAACAAUUAUGAUUUGUACCGCGACAACUACUUGACGGAGCCGGAUACUUCUUCUUUAGGUUUAGUUUGGGGUCAACUUCCUAAUGCUAGGACAAUCGUGUAUGCUCUGGGCAGAACCUUGAAUUGGGUAUUUAGCAGUAUUUUUGUUUUAUUGCUCGGUUCCAUUCUAACUCUUGGAGUUUGUUCUUACACCAACCUCUGCACUUUAACGUUCCACGGCAUCGGACCUAUCCACGAAGAGAUGAGAUCUCUCAUGACACCGGAACGCUUGGAGAAAAUUAGUACAGCUGCUGAUUUUGUGAAGAAUGCUAUUGAUAAAUAUCAAAAGAUUCAGAAAGUCACUAAUUUGAAUAAUGUGAGAAGUCGUCGUGCCAUUUAUAAUUUAUAAUGCUUAUGAUGUCAAAAUUAUUCAAUAAAAAAACGAGUUUCAAU